AUUGUGAAUUUUCAUUGAACUCUUUUGUUGUUACAGUUUAAGAUUACACAUCCGAAAUAUGCCGAUGUCUAUUUUCGUGAUUAUGCUGCUCUUUAUGGAGCACCUUUUUUGCAAAUUGUUAUUUUCGUUAUUAGGGUGAAAAUGUAUGGAGGUCCGUUUAUUAGGGGAUGACCCUUAAGACAAUAGUUUGGAUUUACUUUUAAAAUAUUAUAUUGUUCGGCAUACAUAUUUAUAUUUUCGUGGACAAGUUAUUUUUUUUAUUUUAAAUAGAAUAUAUUAUGGAGCUUUUGAAUUCGUCGGAACUUAUUAGACAUAUUUCAUAUAUAAUACCCUAUUCGUAAGUCUAUCUGCGUCGGUUUGCUCCCCCAUAUCUUAAUAUAAUGAAGGUUCCUGAUAAUUCUCAGAUUUUUAUCUUCCAUUCCCCCCGUGUGUCUCAAAACCUCCAUCCCCUUUUGAUGCUUAUUUUGUCGAAAGUUUUUUGAUAGUUGAUAAAACAAGCGAAAAUAUCACAGUUCGUAUCCCUGCAACAUCGAAAUAAUAGCGCAUCCCUUGUGCCCACACCCUUCAUAAAUCCAGACUGGGUGUUUCCUCGCAUAUUCUAUACAUUCUCCGAUGGAUGUUUUAACACCUUUAGCAUGUGAUUCAUAAGACUGAUAGUUUGAUAGUCACCACAUGUUUUAGCUUACUGUUUCUUUGAUAGUACUAUAAAUUCUGAGAUGGGCCAUUCUUUUGGGAUGUUCCCAGUGUUGUAGAUGUUAUUGAAUAUACGGAAUUUAACGGGUUUGUCAUCAAGAAGUUUAAAGAAUUCUGAAUGCAUUUCAUCUGGCCCUUUUCCUUCUUUUAAUAAUAAUGGCGGCUCUAAUUUCAUCUGCCAUGAUAGUAGUUCCAAAUUCCGAAUUUAUAGGGGGUGGGUGCCUCUUUCAUCAGAAAAUGAUUGUUGUAUGUCUGUUAUGUCUUCUCUACUUAAUAUGAGUGUUCCUUCAUCAUUUAGAAGCUACAGUUUUCUUAUUGAACCAUCCUGUAACUGCGCUCAUUCGCUUAUGCAUAUUGAACUCGUAUCUGUUUUGCAAAACUUGUAUGUCGCGACAAUUCUCAUCCAAUUCUUUUUGUUUGGCAACUCGAAUUUAUCUCUGUAUUUCUCUCUGAAUGUUUUUGUAUAUAGUGAGAUUGUUCUUCCGCUUUCGUCUUUCUUCCAUGAGUGUCAAAUUAUACCGGUUAUAGGUAAUUUGUACGUAUAAAGUAUUCAUUUUUUAUGAACGGGGAUCAACUUUUAAAAAUGAGAUGGAGCUGUCAAUAUUUUAUUAAUAUUAAAUAUGUAAAUAUUUCAAAUUAUUACAUUAUUUUAAAAAAUAUGCUCUUGUAUGUAGUUUUAGAAUUAUAGUGAGUGGAAUUUCUCAUCAAGGAAUCCAAUAUGAGUACCCUGAAGGCAAGAGAUUACUACUCCUCAGGCACACCUUAUUCGGGGUGUUUUUACAAAUUUUCAAUUAAUUUGUAAUACAAUUUUUACCAUCUACUUAUUUUACCAAAAUUAUCACGUUGCUAAACAUCACAAUGUUUAUUUUAUAUAUAAAUAUGUAUUUUUUAUUAUAUUUAUGUAUAUAUUUUUUAUACAAGAUUAUUUUUUUGGUGGAUUCAGUUUCUCACUGUCCAUGGAAAACUGAGCAACCUGUAUAGAUGCAAUAAGGGUUGCAUGUUAAUAAUGUCGGCUGCAAUGGACAUGUUCUUGAGCGCAACGGAUUCUCUGCCUUUCCCAGACGUGUUGGACAUUGAUAUCAAAUCUGAAAUCGAUACACUCGUGGGAGGACCUAGCGAUUUCUCAGGUUUCAACUUCAAUGAUCUACAGCCUCUCGAAUUUGAAGAUGUUCAUGAAAUAAAAUGGUUUAACUCUAACUCGAACCACUCGAAUCUGGAUUUUAGUGGAGAGGACGGUCCUACCAUGGUCAAUCCCAACGCCGUAAUGCCUAUUAUGUCUUUGGCGCAAAGCAUAAGGUCACCAUCUCCGUCAUUAAAAGAGAGCCACUUGACUUUCUCGCCUGCUGCCAUUAAAAUAACCUCCAUGAAAGCUGAAGCUUCAUCAGUCAAAAAAGACCUUUUGAACCGAUUAGAAGGGGUCGAAGACAAGAAACCCAUAAUCAAGACAAUCACUAAAGUAACCCCCAUUCUAGCUAAGCAACCUAUUAAAACGAUUACAACAAAAACUUCGACCCCCACAUUGGUAUUUAGAAAUGCAGUGAGGCAAGUCACCACACCGAUCUUGGCGCAGGUUAGCAACGUAGGUACUUUGAGAACCGUUGCCCCAACUGCCAAUAAGAAAUCCAUAAUCGCCAACUCUAAUAUUAUAUUUGACGACGAAGAACGAGCCUAUCCAAAACCGGCCUACAGCUACAGUUGCUUGAUAGCUAUGGCUUUGAAAAAUAGUAGAACUGGCAGUUUACCUGUAUCGGAAAUUUAUAAUUUCAUGUGCAAACAUUUCCCAUACUUUAAAACCGCACCCAACGGCUGGAAAAACUCCGUGAGGCAUAAUUUAUCUCUAAAUAAAUGCUUCGAGAAAAUUGAAAAGCCAGCAUUAAAUGGAGCGCAACGUAAGGGUUGUUUAUGGGCUAUGAACCCUGCAAAGAUUAGCAAAAUGGAUGAAGAAGUUCAGAAAUGGUCGCGAAAAGAUCCAAAUGCCAUUAGAAAAGCCAUGAUUAAUCCUCAUAAUUUAGAGGCACUGGAAAGAGGGGAACUGAAGUUCUCAUGUUCAUAUGAUGAAAGCGAACAUUUUGGCGACUCAUGUGGCAGUGCCGAAAGUGAGGAGGGAUCAGAUUCUGAACAAGAAGUUGAACAAGAGAUUGAUGUAAUGAAUACAACAGAAUAUCAGUACAUCCAAGUUGGGGAAGAAGAAAUAGAGGAUGUUGAGAUUACAGAAGCAACCAUUUACGAGGGAGAUAUUGAAGAUGACAAAGAGCUGCUGAGAGUAGAAAUGGCCCUGGCGCAGAAGGAACUGUUAGCAUAUGAAAGGACAAUAAAUAACAAAAGGAGAAGGACAUACAUUAUUCAGCAACACUAACGUCCUAAUGUAGCUAAUUCUAAAAUGGCAAACACGUGAUAGCGUGGUGUUAGUAGUGAUAACGCGCUGUUAGUAACAACGUGCGGCUCUAAAAGUUGUGCUAAGCUCGUAAAAGCCGCGAAUCCAUCAUUAGAAAAUGAAAAGCUGUGUAAGAUUGGUGAUACAUUUGUACAUAGUGUGUAAAUUUGAUUCCUGUAAUGUCGUUUAGGAUUAAUAUGUUUAUGUUCAUUAGGUUUUACUACUAAGACUGCCAGUUUCGGAUAAUUUGGUUUGUUAGUUUGGGCCGUGAGAGCGGAAAUAGAAUAUUGUUAGAUAUUUAUUUGAUCUGUUAUUUUACAGACUCCCUGAUAGAUAUUAUUUUUGAAGUUCCCUACUUAUUCUACUGAGUGUUGUGUUCUUCUCUGAUAGAUUCAAAUCGUGAGUACUUUUGCUUGAAAAUUGCGCUAUCUUUUAGUACACUUCAGUUAGAAAAUAAAUGUCACAAAGGCGAAAAAAAAUAUUUUCUAUUGUUCCUCAAUUUCAAGACUUGGGACCCAGAACAGAAAACUAUCAAACUAACCAAAACUAACCAAUUUUUGCUCUGCUUAUUCUUUUUUAAAAUUCAACUACAUUCCAGUAUUUAUAAUAAUUCUGCGUUACGUAAUAAUUUAUUGUUUUAAUUUUUGACAAGAUGGAGAAGUGCAAUGGAUCAUAAAAUUUAUUCAAAUACAUAAAAAUAAUUGUAUUGAGGUUUAACUUUAUGUAAUUGAAGGGUGUAAGUAAAUAUAAGUCUGAAAUUUGGCUCAAAUUAAUUAUUUUAGUUAUUUUCAGUGCUUUUGGCUUUUUGAUUAAACCACGAAACCAAGAUGUAUAAUCACUCACAGUUUAUUUGCUAUGUCAAUCUUUACAUCUCAUUUUUCUAAUGGCAAUCGCUCUUGCGGCCUAAACCUGAAAAAAGGCGAGUUUUGUGCUGAGUGACCGCAAACAGUAUUUGAAUGUUAAUGGGCGUAGGGCAAUUUAGUUCUGUCUUGACUAAAGUCUAAAAUUAUUAUUUUUAGCCUGUAGUCGAGGGCGAGGUCAUGUAUUCUUUUCUACUUGUCAAAUGUGGUGCCUUUUUCUCGAAUCUGAACAAAUUUUCAUUGUUUCCUCCGGGACCAGAAUACCGAUCGCUUUUUUUUGGUGUACAUACGCGCUUAAAGUGUGAUUACAUUAAAAUGGUUGCUAGAACUUUUUCAGUGCUGUUGUGUUACUUGUGUAGCAGCUCCAAAACUUUCCAACCAAUAAAAUAAAAAGCAAAAGGUCGACUGAUUGUUAUAAUGUUUUUUCAGUGAAUUACCAAGUCGUUUUAAUCCCAUUAUUAUAAAAUGGUGUCAGUUUGUGUCCGUGAAAGCCGCUUCUAUGAUGAGCCCCAAAUAAGCAAGGUUAGCGUAGUAUUGCAAAUUGUAUUGGUUUUAUUCCUCUACAAAAGAAUACUGACCUAUUAGUUAACGGCCUAGUACAAUUUGAAAUCGGCUUUGCAAGGUGUCCACGAAAAUAUGAGCAACGUUUGGCAUUUUCAUAAAUUUAAUUAUGGAGAUAAUAUGGGUAGCUAACAAAGUCAACUGGUCUUUAUUUAAUGAAUAUUAUAUAAUCAGAUUUUUUUAUUUUCCACCCUCAGGUUAUUUUAAAGGUUUGAAAAAAUAUUUUGGCUAGGUUGAACCUGGCUGUGAUAUUUUUUAUGAUAGAGAUUGUUUCGAAUGAGAAACUUGUUUGGAUUGAUUAAAAAAAAACAAUGCCGGUAAAAAUGUAGUAGUUUAUAAUAAUUUAUUGUUUACUGCACCUCGACAUUUUAAUUAAGCCUUUAUAAAGUGGGUGUUAAAAAUAUAGGUAACGUUUUAUACUUUUUUGCACUUUCGCAAACUAAAAUUGCUAAAUACAUUUUUAUUAUUUUAAUCAAGUUAAAUUUGAAUUUAUAAAAAAAAGGUUUUCAAUCCAUUUCUCCAUAACGAGGGCUGAAAAAAAAAUUAGGAACUAGCGAUGGUAUGUUUUGCAUUCUCCUUUUAAGAGUUUUUUCAGAAUCUCUUGGAAGGCAAAACCAAAUAAUUUAUUUAAAACUGUUUGGCUAUGAAUGAACUUUAGAAACCUUAGAAAUUUCCAAUUGAAGGCCUUUUGCAUUUUGUCCGCCCUUUUAUCGUCCUAACAAGAUGAUUUCGUAAUUUAUUUAUUUAAUAUUUCUCAGUUUCUAGCCGACUAUUUGGAGCACAUUGUAUUUAUGGCCGCAGCUGAUGCAGGAUUAGGAGCAUAUUCUGUAUCAGCUGCGACGAAAUCUAUCGAAGACACCACAUAGUGUUUGUAACAAUCUAGUGAACCUUUUUUUUUCACUUUUCUUUUAUUUUUUACUGUGUAAAUGUAAGGUCCAUGUACAAAUUGUUAGUUUUUAAGAUGAUUAUACUUAAUAAAUGCAAUUUGUGAUUUUUU